ACCGGUCAAUGGCAGUAUUCAGGAAAUAUCACUCUAAUAGGCAAAUAACACGCGCCGAACGUGACAUUCAUUCAAUAACUAUACGAAAGGACACAUGUAAACUUUGAUAAUUCGUGAACAUGCAAAGGUAUAAAUACCCGAUGUAUCGGUUCAGUUCAGGAGAGUACACCGAGAAGAUUCGGGUCCAAGAUCACCUCGCGUUUUGAUGUGUACUUAACCGUACGACGAGAGACGAUGAUUCGUUCACCUUCGUACCAAAUUCGGAAAUGAAAAGUUGAUAUUUCUAUCGUUGAGUAAAGAGAAACUACUUGCCCAGAUGAUUCCUGGCCAUCAGUCGCUGGCUACAAGCCAUUUUAUUAUCCUGCUUUUCGACCUAGUCAUCACCUUUCACCCUGCCGCCUCCCAAUCAUGUCGGAUAUAUUACAAGUACGGUGAGGCCACGCUAUCAUGUGCCAAGGAGAACAUGAACAGGGUGCCUCAUUUCAACCACAAUAUCCCACCAGUUAACGUAAUCGACCUCUCUGAGAACUCCAUAACCGCCAUCACCAACAACCCGUUUAAGGGGGUCAAGACGAAAGGGCUAAGACUCGGAUUCAACAACAUUGAAUACUUAGAAAGAAAUGCUUUCAAGGCAAUCCGACGGGACCUGCGCUUGCUGGACCUCAGGUACAACAAACUGACGUCACUUCCGAUUGAUGCCAUAAUGAAGCUUAAGCAUCUCCGGAAGUUAGAUCUUUCCCAUAAUGCAAUAACAUAUCGUCACGAGGAUGAUAUGAAUUUCGUUUUUCACGCCUCCGAAAUGCAAGUUCGUUUGGAGAGCAUUGACCUGUCUUACAAUCCUCUGCGGGGAUUUUAUCAAUAUCUCAAACUGGGAAGCGGAAUUAAGGAAUUUCGUGUCUCAAACGCGGAGCUCAGCGAGAUGCCGCCAGUGCUGGUUGAGUUACAUGACGCUGUGGUUCUAGAUCUAUCCGGGAAUAGAAUAAGGGACAUCUCUGAUGAAAUUUUGAAAGGAUUUAAACAUUUAGAGGUACUUCAUCUUGAUAGGAACGCCUUCAAAAUAGUGCCAAGUGGAAUGAAACAUUUGAAGAAUCUAAAACUACUCACGAUGAGUGGGAAUCAGAUCCAAUAUAUUCAUAAAGACACGUUCUUCCAGUUAGUAAACUUAAAGAUUGUGUCCUUAAGCAAUAAUAAACUCACAGGAGUCAGCGCGAAGGUUUUUGAAAGUGCGCAUGCGCGGAUGACGGUUGAUUUAUCAUCCAAUAAAAUUCGCAAGAUAGACCAGUGCUUCCUCGCCUCCAGUGUGAGGAGACUUUACUUGGAGCGAAACAAAAUAGAGUGUGACUGUCCUCUGUUUUGGUUAAUUGAACUCGGUAAGGUUGACACAUCAAUUAUGGAGAAUUCAGACAUUUGUGGCGGGGAGAAAAUCCACAGUUUAAAUUAUGGUUUGAAGAUUCCCAUGUGGAUGCGGGAGACAAGGAAGUAUGGCAGGUGUCCUGAAAAAGACCUGGAAAAUUUUGAUUUGCAGAUUUGUGAAUAGAGUCUGACUUUGUAGAUAUACAUGUAUAAAGAGGUGAAUAUUGUAAACCGCGCUUUAUUUUCGCGGAUUUGCAAAUACUCUCGAUUCGCAAAACUAAUUGUAAAAACUUUAAUGCACUUUUCAUUUGAAAAACCCUAAGCAAUUUUGUCAUCCGUCAAAAUAAGAUUAUUGGUAUUGACUGAGUAAGGUUAAGGAAGAGAGUUACCCCUUGUAUGUUCCCUAUUUCCAUAAUUAUUUGUUUAUAAGUGCACCGAUGAGCAUUAAAUUGUACAUCAUAGGCUUGUAGAUAAUGAAUGUUGAUUGACCAGUAAACUGUGCUGUAACUCAUUGCAGUUCGUGUAAUAUGUGUCCCAGAAAAAGUGUCUAUGUGAAAUGACCGACAAAUUUUAGUUAGUGUCGUUUUUGAGAAUUCUGGUUCAGGAGCUUCGGAUUCGUUAUUUAACGGAACAGCGAAUCAGCGUUCAUUCAUGUUCCAUUGUAAUACCGCUGUGGUUUCCCGCUCUAGUGGAAUCAGGCCUUUAGCAUGUUAUUUCUUCAGUCCGGACCAACGUUCAUGUCGUCAGUCCCAGAUUAAAGCCCUAUUUUCUUCUUACUCCAAUGACGGUUAGAAAAGUCGACAUUUGUAAACGAAUAGUACAUCCGAGAAAUAAGAGCGCAUUGCAAAUGAGAAAUCGGAGAAUGACGCACAAUGUAACACAUUGGGCCAUUAUUUUACGAAUAACACUCCUAAGAAAAUGGGAUCUCAAUUAUUUUUAUCAGGGCUCAAACGCACGGGCUGAAGUCGGGCGAUACCCGCACCCAUUCGUCGAUCUCACGAUAUCCUGUACAGGUUCUGAGGUAAUCCGCGUCACUGAUUGCAUUCCGAUACCUAUUUCCUUUACUAGUCCUGCCAUCUUACACUUAAUACAGGUGCGAACCCUACUAAUCCUUGAUAAUUAAUUUGCUUGGCGAAAAAGUUGCUAAGACUCGGCUGGGUCGAUGUGAUAAGUUUGGAACAUUGUUAUACCGAGACAUGAUAUUACGUUCAAGAUGUAUCUCACCAGCAGGGACUAUUCCCGAAACCCCACAAUACGAACAGCAGAUGACCGAAUUCGGCACUGUGAUAAAAUGUUGUUAAGACGAGAGAAUCUUUCAAUUCUGACGAAAUAAAAGGUACCAGUGUAAGAAUCUUUACGCGGGUACGUGUAAAAACACAAAUUCGUGUCAAUGGAGUCUGUGGCUAGCAUGCCUGGUAUUCAUGUCAUCCGUAUUCUAGCACUUUUGUUUAUUUUCAUUUAUGUUUAGUUUCAAUAUACACAUGUACUUGUAUAUAGUCCUCAUUAAACCAACACUUUCUUCUCA